AUGCAGGGCGGCGGCGGCGGCGGUGAUCAAGCAGGAGGGAUCCUGGGCAUGGACAUGGGCGUGGGGUACGCUGGCGGCAGCGGCGCCGAGUGCUCGUCGUCGGCUUCGGCGGCGGCUGCUGCUGCCGCGGCCGCAGCCGCCGACGCGGCGGAGGCGGAGGAGCGGCAGUUGCUCAAGGGGGAGAUCGUGGUGCACCCGCUGUGCGAGCAGCUGGUGGCGGCGCACGUGGGGUGCCUGCGCGUGGCGACGCCCAUCGACCACUUCCCCCUCAUCGACGCGCAGCUCGCGCAGUCCAGCGGCCUCCUCCACUCCUACGCCGCCCACCACCGCCCCUUCCUCUCCCCGCACGACAAGCACGACCUCGACUCCUUCCUCGCGCAGUACCUGAUGCUGCUGUGCUCGUUCCGGGAGCAGCUGCAGCAGCACGUCCGGGUGCACGCCGUGGAGGCCGUCAUGGCGUGCCGCGAGAUCGAGCAGUCCCUGCAGGACCUCACCGGGGCGACGCUGGAGGAAGGGACGGGGGCGACCAUGUCGGAGGACGAGGACGAGCCGCCGAUGCUGGAGUCGGGCCUGGACAUGGGCUCCGAUGGGCACGACAUGAUGGGCUUCGGCCCGCUCCUGCCCACCGACUCCGAGCGCUCACUCAUGGAGAGGGUCAGGCAGGAGCUCAAGAUCGAGCUCAAGCAGGGUUUCAAGUCAAGAAUAGAGGAUGUGAGGGAGGAAAUUCUGAGGAAAAGGAGGGCCGGGAAGCUGCCUGGGGACACCACCAGCAUCCUCAAGGAAUGGUGGCAGCAGCACUCCAAGUGGCCAUACCCCACGGAAGACGAUAAAGCAAAGCUUGUUGAAGAGACUGGCCUGCAGCUGAAACAAAUCAACAACUGGUUCAUCAACCAGAGGAAGAGAAAAUGGCACAACAACUCCCAGACGUCAACCCUCAAAUCAAAGCGUAAAAGGUGA